UUCAUUUUUAACCAGGGUAAAUCUGAUUUGUUGGAUAAUAAAGCGCACAUGGCAUGUUGGUCCUUGAUCGGAUUGGGUAAAUACCGCCCGUCAGUCGUGCAUCACAGGCUUCCCCGGAGCGUCAAGCGGCUGCGCUUUUCCCCGAAGCGCAGCGGGGGGACCGGAGGCUGUGCAGGGAAGAUCAUCUGGCAUCACACAGGGAUGAUAACAUUUACUGUGCCGAAAGUCUGGAACCCUCUUUAACAAAUGCGCCUGAAGAACUAGAGACCGUGGGACCUCCAGAGACUGGCAAAAUGUCUGUCAGCGACCAUGAAAACCGGAAAUCCCGCAGCAGCAUGGGCUCCGUCAACAUCUCACUCUUCCACAAGCCAUCCCAUGCUGACGACAUGCUCGCGCACCUCAAUGCAUUCCGCAAGGAGAGCACGUUCACAGACAUGACCCUACGGGCAGGGGGACGCUCUUUCUCCUGCCACCGUGCCGUGCUGGCUGCCUGCAGCUGCUACUUCGAGGCCAUGUUUGGUGCGGGUCUCCGGGAGAGCCUGGACGGCGAGGUGGACUUCCGUGACAGUGUCCAUCCCGAGGUGCUGGAGGUGCUCUUGGACUUUGCCUACUCGUCAAGGGUCAUCAUUGACGAGGAGAACGCAGAGUCAUUGCUAGAGGUCGCAGACAUGCUACAGUUCCACGACAUCCGAGAUGCUGCCGCUGAGUUCCUUGAGAAGAACCUGCAUGUGACCAACUGCCUGGGCAUGAUGUUGCUUUCGGAUGCCCACCAGUGCAGGCGGCUAUACGAGCUCUCCUGGAGGAUGUGCCUGCUGCACUUCGAAGCUGUGCGAGACACUGAGGACUUCUACAACCUCUCCAAAGAUAAGCUACUUGACCUGAUCCUCAGCGAUGAGCUGGAGAUCGAGGAUGAGCGAGUUGUGGUGGGUGCCGUCUUGCGAUGGGUGCGCCAUGACCUGGACAACCGCAGGGGAGACUUCCCAGAGCUGCUGGGUGGCAUCCGUCUGGCACUGCUGCCCUCGGAGUGCCUCGUGGAGGUGGUGGCAUGUGAGGAGUUGGUCAUGGCGGACAAGCGGAGCCGGCAGAUUGUCGAGGAAGCCAUGCGGUGCAAGAGGAGGAUCCUACAGAAUGAUGGCGUGGUUAUGAGCCCAUACGCCCGUCCCCGCAAGGCCGGCCACACGCUACUAAUCCUAGGUGGCCAGACCUUCAUGUGCGACAAGAUCUACCAGGUGGACCACAAGGCCAAGCAAAUCAUCCCCAAAUCGGACUUUCCGAGUCCCCGGAAGGAGUUCAGCGCCUGUGCCAUUGGCUGCAAAGUCUACGUGACGGGGGGGAGGGGGUCUGAGAAUGGGGUCUCCAAGGACGUCUGGAUCUACGACACAGUACGCGAAGAGUGGUCCAAAGGAGCCCCCAUGUUGAUUGCUCGCUUUGGCCAUGGUUCGGCAGAACUGGAGAACUCACUGUAUGUGGUGGGGGGGCACACGGCUACUGUGGGAGUAUUUCCCGCAUCGCCGUCGGUGUCGCUGAAGCAGGUGGAGCGGUACGACCCCAUGUCCAACAAGUGGGCGAUGACGGCUCCACUGAUGGACGGCGUGAGUAACGCCGCCGUGGUCAGCGCCAAGCUCAAGCUCUUUGUCUUCGGUGGCUCGACGCUCCACAGGGAUGGCGCCCCCAAGGUGCAGUGCUACCAUCCCAUCGAGAACCGCUGGGCGGUGGCGGCCGAGUGCCCACAGCCAUGGCGAUACACGGCAGCCGCCGUCCUGGGCAGCCAGAUUUUCAUCAUGGGCGGGGACACGGAGUUUACGGCUGCAUGCGCCUACCGCUUUGACUGCGACAGCAAGCAGUGGACGCGCGUCGGGGACAUGACCUCCAAACGGAUGAGCUGCCAUGCUGUGGCGUCCGGUAACAAGCUGUACGUGGUGGGCGGCUACUUCGGGACGCAGCGCUGCAAGACGCUGGACUGCUACGAUCCCACGUCGGACAGCUGGAACAGCAUCAGCACAGUACCGUACUCGCUGAUCCCCACCGCGUUCGUCAGCACCUGGAAGCAUUUGCCGUCCUAACAUGGAGAGGACGACACCCACCGGACUCUGUACAAAACCUUCUUAUUUGUACACAUUGGUGGCUUUUCCUGUGCAUGUUGAGUGCCAGUGAGGCGGUUCCCUGGUGGGACAACAUACAGAUACAUUAAACGAACAAAGGUGGAUAGUGCCAGAAAUUAAAAAUUUUGUUUUAACCAACCAGCUGAGCACUUUGUGACUGUGAGACUGUGACUUUUCUUUAAAUCAUUUGGUUGGUUGAGACAAAAUAUUGGCCUGGAUUUUUACUUUCUGGAUCUGAACUAUCCACCUCUGUAAAUGACCCACAUGUUAUGCUGCUUAACAGACUGCAUAUCAGGAUUACCAAAAUGCCCAUUAAAAUGAUGUACAGUG